GGUUUAAUCAUCUUGCUGACUAAAACUAGAAAAUUCCCCUUCCUGGUCUUAUCUCCAACACCCCCCCGAGUUGAAACAGUACCGAAUCGACCCGAAUACCCAGUGAGUCAGGACUCACUCUCCUUCCUAGUCCUAUCUCCAACAUACCCUGAGUUGGAACAGUGCCGACACGAAUACCCUGUGAGUCGGAACUCACUCUCCUUCCAAGUCCUAUCUCCAACAUACCCUGAGUUGAAACAAUGGCUUAAAGGCAAAGACGGAGACGGAAAAUGCCGUUAGGGAAAUAUUACUGUGACUACUGCGACAAGGAAUUCCAAGACACGCCUGCCGCCAGAAAACGCCAUCUCCAGGGCACCCACCACCUCCGUGCUAAAGCUCUCUGGUACGACUCCAUCCAAUACCAAGACACCUCUCCUGCCGGCAUCUGCAACCGCUUUCUCAACACGGGAUUUUGCCCAUAUGGGUAUUCUUGUAGAUAUCGUCAUCCCAACAAGAAUCUACCUACGCCGGCCAAUUCUCAAGUUGCAGGAUUCACUGACAUGAACCUUCGGUCACAAAUUAUGCCGUCUAAUCAAUUAGUUGGAGGAAGCUCUUUACAGGGCAACGUGGUCAGAGAUAGCAUGGGAAUGUCGUGGGACAAUCUGCCUCCAUCAUUGAAGCCUCCUCCAGAGGGCGGAUACCCACCACUUCCCUUCAUAGAUUGGGGAUAAGCUUCCACUUUUUCAAUUUCAUGCAUUUGGUUUUUUCAUGUUUGUGCUUUUAGUUAUUAUUUUUGUAUGGUUUAUUCUACUUGGGAAGUAAUAUGGGAUCUGGAUUUCAUGUUAAGAUAUGGAUUAUCAUACAUAAAUAAUUUCAAAAUGGAUUUCCAGAUUUCCUUUGCUUGUCAUCCCUGAACUUUCUUUCAUAUGACAGUUUUGAAUCAGUAGUGUCAUAUACGAUCGUGAUUGUAACUCAAUAUGCUCUUAUUCUGAAUGUUAUUUUAAAGUUCAUAUCAGAAAGCAUAUAAUAAAGAGCUUUCGCA